UUGUGAGUUUAUUUUAUACUGUUUCCUGAAUUUUAAUUGUUUCUUUGUUUAACGCAUGCAGACAUAAUGGAUAAAGUAGCUGAUUCUUUGGAGAAUGCCUAUAACGAAUAUGUUGAAGCUGGAAGAAUAGCACUAGAAGAGAAGGAAAUCGAGUCAAAAACUGCAAAAGAUGAUGUAGGAAAAGAGGUGCUAGAAGCCGAGAAAGAUGAUGCUUCUUCAACAAGUUCAUAUCCUAAAGCUUUGGAAAAUUUCAAGGAGAAGUAUGAAGUGUUCAAAGAUGUAUGUGAUAAAGCUGAAGUGUUUGUAGAAACAGUGAAGCAAAAAAUAGUAUUUGAAGUGGAUGAACCCACAAAGCCCAGUACCAGUGAUCCGAAGUAA